AUUAAAUAACACAUUCAAAAUGAGCAUUUGCUGGGACCGUGUUCACCAAAAUAAGACAUGCCUCAACGUGUAAAAUAGCGGAUUACUGAAACUCCCGUGGCUCAGGUUAUUCAUGCAAAAAGAACGACAACGAGUGACAGUGCAGGUUUACACUCAAACUACCACCAGCUUUCUGCUGUGUGUGUGUUCGGGGAGAAGGUGGAACACGGGAGCUGGAAGGUUACACUGCUACAUUACAAACUCAAGUUUAGGAAUUGAAGGAAACAUACAGGGACAGUGAAACAAACGCGGCAGUGUGGCUCCCUAAAAAAACGCUUUAAAGGUGAUGAGCAUUGAAUCCUCCAUUAAAAAGCCGGUCAGCACUAACUGGAUACGAUCGCUAUAAAUAUCUCUUCACAUGAUAUAUUUAUUUCCUCAUCAUAUCCUUUCAUCGGGCAACUUGAAGUCAUUCUAUAGCAGCUCUUACAGCAAAGUCAUAGACAAAACUAUAGAGUACAUUAGAGCCAUGUGUCUUAAAUGUAGCACAGGGUCGAUUAGCUCGUAACUCUGGAUUUGGAUUUGUUUGCCUGUUGGACUGACCCCCCGGUUUUGACCCUGCCUGAACACAAGUAAAGAACUGUGAUUGCAUUUCUGUUUCUGAGUUGUGCUUUUGGGUUCUAGUACUCGGUUCUGAAACGACAUAAAUAGCCUGGUGUUGGACGGCUUCCUGCCAGCAGCAAACACUGCAGUCAAACAGUUUCAUGGCUCAUCCGACAGGAAAAACUGGCGGGCAAACAAUCAGAAUUCAGCUCCACACUCGAUCCACAUCACUCGAGCUGCAUCACAUUUAAGGCGCUCACGUCGAGGAUCUUUGAGUUUUACAAGUUUUACUCAAACACAGUCACAGCGGGGCAAAAUUCUUGGCAGUAUUUAAACUGAACUCCUUUUACAGCCUUGGCCUUUUUCUGUGAAUACAUUCUGUGUUACAGAAAGAUAUUCAUAUUUGUCAGCACAUUGUUGCAAAAUAAAAGAAUUCCUCCCGGUUAAGAUUGUUUAACACCUAAAAUACACUACAUGAACUUUCACAUUCUUGGUAAGCUAAGUUGCAACAAUAAAUGGAGGUGAUUGUUGUGACGUAUUAGCUCUUUAAAGCCAGUGAAUUUCACCAUUUAUAAUUAUUGGGUUUGAACAUGCAAAUGGCUCACGUGCAUACGGAGAAUAACAUAAUCUCCUUAUGUUCUUAUUUGAUAUGAUCAGGGUCAGAGGUAGAACUGGGACCAAAGUGUGUCCACGGACGUCGUCCUCGUUGAAUCACAGAUGUACAAACUGUAUCUGAGGUUACAACAUUUGGACACAAUUAGCAAAUCUUUUCUUAUUUUCUUGUAUAUUUAGUAGGACCUGAAAUACAUAUGUAAAUAAUUAACUACUCCUUGUGCAGUUGAAGCUCAAUUCAGAUACAAACUGCAUUGAGAUCCUCACACAAUUAGUGGGAACAUUGGGAUGUAAUAGAGAGUAAUGGGGCCUUAAAAUAAACUAACAGUGAAAAUAAUCCCCAGUACGGCCCAUUUAAUUUCUUUUCCUCAAUGUAAGUUUAUUCAUACUGAGCAGCCUGAGAGCCUGUUGCAUACGCAUAUAACGCAGAUAUUCACGUUUACAUAAGGGUGCAAGUUUUCCAAUUAGUUACAUGUGAAACAGUGUUGAGAGGCAGCCUAUUAUGAUUUGCAUGUGUACACUAAACGUACUGUUAACUUCUUAGUAAUAAUGUGCUUCAAAAUCUUUAACUCAGUGUGAUUCCAUUUGUUGCAGUUGUGGUGAAAAGGCAAACAUUCCUAACUUGCAUCCGCAGUGAUUUCAUUAGGAGCUCGAGGUAUUUCCUCUAAUCCCAGUGGAGUGCUUAAAUAAACCAGGCCGAGGGUCACAGGAGGAGGGAACGACCAGUUCGGGCCGCCUGGAUCUUUUUCACAUCCCCCCGAUCGUGGGAAACGCACCUUGGCGGCCUCCAGGUGUGAAGUGUAAACCCACGGCGGUUAAAGAAGCAGUAAAGCGCUGCCCAAAACAUGAUCUUCCUCAUGGACCUCCAGAUGAUGCUGCUGGACGUGAUCUACUUCAUCCUGCGCAACUCCGUCCGGGCGGUCCUGCGCCCGCGCACCAAGCCCAUCGAUGGCGAGCUGGUGCUGAUCACCGGGGCAGGUGGCGGCCUGGGUCGCCUCUUCGCUCAGGAGUUCACCAAGCACGGGGCGGACGUGGUGCUCUGGGACAUAAACAGCGAGCACAACGAGCGGACGGCCAGGCUGGUGGGCGAGAUGGGGGGCAAGGCGCACGCUUACACGGUGGACGUGACCGACAGGGUGGACGUGUAUCGCAAGGCGGAGCUGGUGCGAAGGGACUUGGGCCGGGACGUCACCAUGCUGGUGAACAACGCCGGCGUGGUGGCCGGGGAGCGCCUGCUGGACUGUCCCGACGAACUGAUCGAGAGGACCAUGAAGGUCAACUGCCACGCCCUCUUCUGGACGGUGAAGGCCUUCCUCCCUCAGAUGAAGGCCCAGAAUCACGGACACAUCGUCACCAUUGCCAGCGUCCUCGGCCUCUUCAGCACAGCUUGCGUAGAGGAUUACUGUGCCAGUAAGUUUGCCGCAGUGGGCUUCCACGAGUCUCUGGCACAUGAGCUACUGGCCGACGAGGUUGAAGGAGUGAAGACCACCCUGGUGUGCCCUUACAUCGUAGACACGGGCAUGUUUGAAGGCUGCAAGAUACGGGAGGAAGCCGAACUGUUCCUUCCUCCUCUGGAGCCCCAGUACUGCGUCGAGCAGGCCAUGAACGCCAUCCUGGUGGACCAACCGUUGGUGUGCAUUCCCCGCCUCACGUACCUGCCUUUCCUCUCCAGAGCAUUGUUGCCGUGGGAAUCUAACGUGAUUACGUAUCGUUUCCUGGGGUCUGACAAGUGCAUGUACCCUUUCAUUGACGCCAAGAAGAAGCAAACCUCUAAUGGCGCUAUCACAGUGGCAUAGUUGUACCCAAGUGGACUAAAGAUAACUGUUGGGAGUCAAAAACCUUCGUAUUAAAUUCAAAUGUCCCUAACAACAAAAGAAAGGUCUUGCUGCCCGUGUGGACAUCAGCGGGUCGUACUGCCCAGCUGCAGCUACAGAGCGGAUGUGAUCUUAAGAAGGAUCCAUUCUGAAGUGUGUGCUAGAUGCCGACUCAGCCAAGUGGUCAUCAGCACGCUAAAGACACUUCAGCACAGUUUAAACGUCCUUUCAAACACACACACAUCUGUGAAAUGACACAAUACUGUACAGCGACGGAGUUCUGAACCAUCCAAACCAUCCAAAGGGGGAAUUUGAGUUACUGCAAUAUCUGAAUAAUACACUACAGUAUUGUUCCACCUUGUUUACAGAAUAAAUGAAAACCACGACUCUAAAAUACAA